AUGGAUCCGAACGAGAGCGGUCACCACGCACAGGGACCGCCGGCGGCGCCGCCACCACCCGUCGACGGUCGAAGCGCGCCGUCCCUCGUUCCGCAACUGACUCCGGGCAAUGGGGUCGGCUUGGGUAUGAGCUCCGGGGCUGCCGCGGCGUCCGCUUACCAUCACCCGCACUACUCGCAGAAUGCGGCCGCCGCCGCCGCGGCAGCCGCGGCCGGUCACCAUCUGGCUCCCGGGUACGCGGCCGCCAUGAUGGACCACCAUCAUCAGCACGUGAAAGAUGCUUACUACCACCACCAUCACCACGGCCGGCAUUACGAUCCGUACGCGAUGCACCACGGCCACGGUGGCCCGUACCAUGCCCCUCCGCCACCGCCCUUGGGGUCGAUGAAUCCGAUGCACUCGCAGCAUUCCUACCACCAACAUCACCAUCCGCACCAGAAUCCGUACGGUCACUCCGCGUACCAUCCGCAUCAGCCGGCGUCACUGUACCCGCCGCCACCGCCACAGGCCCCCACCGGCAUGCACCAUCAUCCGGGUCAUCACCACUCUUCGCUGCUACCCUCGACCGGGCCGGGCUCUUCAUCCAUGGGUCAAUACUCUGGCAGCGGUGGCGGUGGCCAUCAGCAGCAGUACCCUGGCUACGGACAGCCCGUCGCAGCCACGGAUCAAUCCGCCGGUUGUCACUAUUCCACUCCGGGUGGUGGUCACCAUUACAACCCGGGGGCCUAUCGCGAUGAUAAGGAUAUGCUGAUCGGUCCACCGGAACCACCCCACGGGGACCCAUCCGGUAUGGGUGGCUUACCACCCGCUCCGCUUCCUACGCAGACUGCCGGACCUACGGCUACUGGGGGAGGUGGUGGAGUGGCCGGCAGCACCGGUGGCGGUGGAAAACGUAAAAUUGAAAUACUCGACAAUAUUCUGAUCAAGAAAUCCAAACACAUCCCCGAACCGGCGGGCCCAAUGGCCACGGGCAGUGCUCCACCGGCAGCAGCUUCAAGCAAUCAAGUACCGCCGCCGCCGGCUUCGUUUUGUCCACCACCCGGUGUACCCGGUGACCACCAGGGGACACCGGUAGGCGAUGGUGUUAAAUCGUCGUUCCAGAUAUCCAAUUUACUCGACGACAAGAGUUCGAAGCAGCUUCCGGCCCCGCCCGGAGUCGAUAUGAUGACCGCAGCAGCAGCAGCAUUGCCACCGGCGCCAAUCGAAGUUCGGGGCAGCGGGGAAAAAAAGCAAACGACCGGCCGCCAUGGAGGCGGGUCAAAGGCGAACAAGAAAACGGCUUACGAAGGCGGUUCCGGUCGAAGCAAAGCCGGGGCAAACAAUGCCAAACACGAUUCCUCACACCACCACGCACACGGGGCGGGUGCGGGUGGCAGUAACGAGACACACCAGCCGACGGCUGACCACCAGCAGCCGGCGCCGCAGCAGCAGAUGGACUUUGAAAUUUCCGAAAAGCUCAAGGAGAUGGGCGAAAUCAGCGUCAAGCCGGUAUCGAAGACGGACGCGAAUGCCAAGGCACGGCAGCAGAGCGCCGACCUCGAGUGCAACGAGGAGAUAUCGCUGGAGAUCACCAAGAAGGAUGCGGCCGCCAUCCGCAAGGUGACCAAUUUGCGCAAAAACAUCAAGGAAGUGAUGGACGAUAAUCAGCUGGACGCGUCGACGCUGGCGGCCCAGCGGCAGGAACUGGAGCGAUUGGCGCGCGUCCAGGAGCAGCAGCGCAUUAUCCGCGAGGUGCAGCGCCAGCUGGCCCUCGAACGCCAGACGAACAAAACGGAACAGAAGGUGAUGCAGUUCCUGCAGGGACACGCUUCGAUACUGAAACCACAGCAACCCGGCACAUCCAGCGGGGCCGCCGCCGGUACGUCAUCGGCCAGUGGCGGCACUGUGCCCACCGGUAGCCCUACGAUGGCCUCAUCCUCUGCAACGGGCGGACCGGUACGGCUUGGCUAUGUGAAGAAUCCGUUCGAAACGCGUGGCCGUCCACCGAAGAACCGGCAGCUGUUGCUGAGCACGACACCGAUCUCGACGGUGACGGCCACCAGCGCUGUCAGCGCCACCACCACCACCCAUCUCACACCGUCGGUCAGUAUUGCGCCCGUAAAGGCCAGCACCAGUAGCGGCACGGUGCCGCUACCAGCCCCGGCGUCCACUUCGUCGUCCUCGUCGUCACCGUCCGUGAUUCCGGUGCGCACGUUCGAGGAGAUGGUCGACGACAGCGAGGGCGAAGAGCUGGAACCGGAGGACGAGGAGGAGGACGAGGACAGCGACGGGGAGGUGAUCGCGCUGCCGGAGAAGAAGGAGAUCGUGACGAUCGACAGUUCGUCGGACGACGACGACUGCAUCGUGCUGUCGGAUGACGACGAGGAAGAACCGGAGGACGAAUCGGACGAUGACCCGCAGAACAGUGGGCUGCACGUGAACGAUACGUACAACGUGCCGGAUGACCAGGGCCGGGUGGUGAUCAACGUGGGUCACGCCGACGGCGAGGAGGACAUCUUCCUGGCGCCGCAGAUUGCGCGCAUCAUCAAGCCGCACCAGAUCGGUGGUGUGCGGUUUCUGUUCGACAACAUCAUCGAGUCGAUCGAGCGCUACGACUCGUCGACCGGGUUCGGGUGCAUACUGGCCCAUUCGAUGGGCCUCGGGAAGACGCUUCAGUUAGUUUGCUUCUGUGAUAUAUUUUUAAGGCACACCAGCUCGAAGACGGUGCUCGUCAUUAUGCCGAUCAACACGCUGCAGAACUGGUUGAACGAGUUCAACACCUGGCUGCCGGAUGAUGCGACGCACAGUCCGCUGCGCAACCACGGUGAGGUGCGGUCCCGCAACUUCCGCAUCUACAUCCUGAACGACAGCCACAAGACGCUCAAGUCGCGGUCCAAGGUCGUGCUGGAGUGGGCCAAAAAUGGCGGUGUGCUGCUGAUCGGGUACGAAAUGUAUCGGCUACUGAGCCAGAAGAAGAUGACAAAGAAGAAGAAAAAGAAGAGCAAAAAGGGGGGACUGGCGGGGGCCGAUCCGGAGCCGGUUGAGGAGGAGAAGGAAUCGACGGAGGAGCAGCGCAACAUGUUCGACGACAUCCACGAGGCGCUGGUGAAGCCGGGCCCGGAUUUGGUGGUGUGCGACGAGGGCCACCGGAUCAAGAACUCGCACGCCAGCAUUUCGGUGGCGCUGAAGCAGAUCAAAUCGAAGCGGCGCGUCGUGCUGACGGGCUACCCGCUGCAGAACAAUCUGCUCGAGUAUUGGUGCAUGGUGGACUUUGUGCGGCCAAACUAUCUCGGCACCAAGACCGAGUUUAGUAACAUGUUCGAACGCCCGAUUCAGAACGGGCAGUGCAUUGACUCGACGCCGCAGGACAUCAAGCUGAUGCGGUACCGGGCGCACGUGCUGCACUCGUUGCUGCUCGGGUUCGUCCAGCGCCGGUCACACUCGGUGCUGCAGACGUCGCUGCCGCAGAAGGAAGAGUACGUGCUGCAGAUCCGCAUGACCGAGUUCCAGCGCAAGCUGUACAGCGUGUUCAUGAACGAGGUCGUCCGGACGAAGGCGGUACCGAACCCGCUCAAGGCGUUUGCCGUGUGCUGCAAGAUCUGGAACCACCCGGACGUGCUGUACAACUUUCUCAAGCAAAGCGAGCGCGAUCUCGAUCUGGAACUGGAGGAACCGGAACCACCGGGGGCGGCGGCGGCGGCCGGCAAACAACAGCCGGCUGAUCCGGCUGCCAUAGCGGCGGCGGCGGCGGCAGUGGCCGGGACGCCGAUGGAAGUGGACGGGAAUGGGCCGUCGGCGGCGCUACCGAACGUUUCCCCAACGACGAUGGCAACGAAACCGGCCCGCAAGAACGCGGCGCUUCCGAAACCGGCCAAACCGUUGGCACUGAAAAAGGACGGAACGCCGCGCAAACCGAGAACGCCGAAAAAGCUGGCGGCCAACAAUAAAUCGCAGGCGGUCGUGGGAAAGGACGGCAAGAUCGUGCCGGCCGCUACGAUCAGCCCGAGCAACGUGACGUCGAAGGAUGCGAACGCCAUGGAUACGUCACCCGCGGUGCUCCCGCCGAAAGUGGAACCGGGGUUGGACUUUGGUGGAGCCGACCGAAACGGCGUGAAACACGGUGGCGGAGGCACGGCACCGUAUCCGGCACCGUUCCCUGGUGGUGAAGCCUACCCGUACCAGGCCGGGGCCUACCAUCAUCACCAAGCGGGUCAUCCAGCGGGUCCGAAUCCCAACUACGCGGGCUACAAUCAAGACACGACGAUGAUGGGAGCGUACGAUGCUUACGGUGCUCCGGGCGCUGGUCAGUACAAUGCCGGUGGCACGCCGGCUGGCACGGAUUCGUACGGAGGGAUGUACGGUAACAAUUACUAUCGCAACGAGUACACCAAUUCCUCGUACCAUCACGCGCCGUACGAUCAAGGCUACCCACCGUACGGUAGCGGUGCGAACCCGGUCGACACGAGUGGCAACCCCAGUUACAACGCCAGCAAUGGUGUGCCCGGUGGUGACACCGGUCAAAACGCACAAUCAACCUACUGGAACUCGGAGGCCAACAAUGGCGACAACGGUGGAAACGGUUACAAUGCUUACGCUCAGCAACAAGCCGGGCCACCGGGUACCAGCAACGGUGGUGCCGAUGUUUACCCCGGCUAUCCGGGGUAUGGGGCCACGACGAACGGUAACUCGGGGCCGGGGCCAGCAAACGAAGCGUCCGGAGGAUUGUACGGUUACACCGAGGAACCUCAACAGCCUACGGCGACCGGUGACGGUGGUCCGACACCUUCUUCACCGUACGACAGCGCGUACGCCACCGGGGGCAGCACCGUCAAAUGGGAGGAUCCAGCAACGGCCACCUCCGUCAGUGGCGACGGUAACGGCACACCGCUUUCCGAUGCCCAGCAAUCGAUCGCCGAGCAAGCGAACGCCGGACAGCUGCCGAUAAAACCCGAACCGAGUGAAUCGAUCACUGAUGAAGCGCCCGUUCCACCCGGAACCGGAAGAGAUGAAUCCGGAACCGGGUUGGAUGCCAUUACGCAGGAGCAAGCGAACGCCCAGUACGCAAAUCAACCGUCGCUCGACGAUCUGAAGGAUCCGGUCAAACCGGACCUGAACAGUGACAAGCCGAACGAAAUCGUCGACAUGGAUACGACGACGACGAAGGACAUCAGCCCCAAGAUGGAGCUGGCGGCGGCGGCUGGAGACGCUGUGCCAGCGACCGUCGAGUGCGUGAAGCAGGAAAUCAAACAGGAGACGAUCAAGAAGGAAGAGGAAGAGACCACCGGGGGCGUUAAGCAGGAAGCGAACGGGCAACCGGAGGCUUUGGACAAAAAGGACCCGCUGUCCGUUGUGUCGGUGAAAUGUGAGAUUAAAAAGGAAGAAAAUGGACCGAUGGACGACGAGUGCGGUGCUGCGGGUCCAGUGGUUCUGAACGGGGAUGCGUCCGAGGCCACCGACGAUACUGGACCGACGAAGGACUCCGAGAAACCAGCCGUCAUAACUCGGGAUUCGUCGGAUGUGGAGAAUGGUGGCGACGUUAAGAUGGUCAAGAAAGAGGAGGGUGUGGAAGUUAAACGGGAAGAUGAAGAAGUUAAAAAGAUUGAAAAAGAGGAGCCCGUUGAGGAACUGUUGGACGAGGACAAAAAACCGACCAUCGCACUUCCAACGAGCGAUGCCUGCGGUGAGUCGAUCGGAACGGACGAUGAUUUGAAAGAUAAGGCGUCCCCGAAGAAGGAAGACCCCGGUCCCGUGUUGCUCGAUGGCGAUGAUCUUAAAGAGGGCCCGGAACAGAAGGUAGAGACAAUCGCCGACCAGGAGAAGGUGGUGCCCGACGUGAUCAAGAUCGAAGAUGACUGUGUCACCGUGAAGCUCGAAGAAGAAGGAGGCAAAGAAACGAGUUCCUCCACCACGUCGUCGGCGGCGGCGGCGGCGGUUGUGGCGGUGGGUCCAGGAAUCACUCCCGGUGGUGCCGCAGGCACGGCAGCCAAGGAGCCGAAAGUAAAGGACGCCAAGGACGAGAUCCCGUACGAGUGGGCGUUUGAGUUGAUGAAGGGCUACGUUCCGGAUCUGCUGGAAAACUCGCCCAAAAUGGACAUCUUCUUCUGCAUCCUGGAGGAGAGCAUCCGACUGGGCGAUCGGUUGCUGGUGUUUAGCCAAAGUUUGCUGACCCUCAACCUGAUCGAACGCUUUUUGCAGCGCAACAAAAUUCCCGGCACCGAGAGCUACUGGUGUCGGAACAGCAGCUACUUUCGUUUGGAUGGCUCGACGGUGGCGCAGGAGCGCGAGAAGCUGAUCAACGAGUUCAACUCCAACCCGAACGUGCACCUGUUUCUCGUUUCGACCCGUGCCGGUUCGCUCGGCAUCAAUCUGGUCGGUGCGAACCGGGUCGUGGUGUUUGACGCGAGCUGGAACCCGUGUCACGACACGCAGGCCGUCUGCCGGGUGUACCGGUAUGGGCAGAAGAAACCCUGUUUCGUGUACCGGCUCGUGAUGGACAACUGUCUCGAGAAGAAGAUCUACGAUCGGCAGAUCAACAAGCAGGGCAUGUCGGAUCGCAUCGUCGACGAGUGCAACCCGGAUGCGCACCUGUCGAUGAAGGAGAUCACCAGCUUGUGCUACGACGACGGGGAAGAUGGCGAGGUGAAGGAUUUUAGCCAGGACAAGGACAAGUUUAUCGACAUCGUCAUGCAGCACCUGCUGGCGUCGCACUCGAAGAAGCUCACGAAGGCCCCGUUCGCCCACGAAAGCUUGCUGAUCGAUCGGAAGGAGAAGAAGCUGUCGUCGGCCGAGAAGCGUCAGGCGCAGCGGGGCUACGAGCUGGAGAAGCAGGCGGCCACCAAGCCAACGUACUCGUACACCUCCAUGGGCACGACCUAUCGGGCGAUCCGCACUUCCGAUGGAUCCAUCAUCCAUCGACCGGUUGCUUCGGUACGACCCAUGCAGGCGGGUGAUGCGAACAAAACGAAUGUGGCCGGCGUACGACCGACCCGCUGGAUACCGGCCGAAGUGUGGCAACGGCAGGGCAUGACGGCACAGGAAAUGACGCUUCCAAUCGAUGUCGUUAUACCGACCAGCUCGGCCGAUAAAUCCAACAUCGUGCUGAAGGCGGGCCAGAAGGUGAUGGUGCUGAAGUCGCCCAAGGGCAUCUACAUGCAGCUCGAGAGUGGCAAGAUCAUUGCCAUCCGCACGGCGUUCAAGGUGGGCCAAAGUAAGGACACGACCCCGGCCAAAGGGGGCAUCGUAACGACCACUCCGCCCAGCAGCACGACGGCGGCCGGUGCUGGUCGCCGUGGAUCGAACCUGACGUUCAGUACGGCGAAAGCUUCGUCGACGCUGCUCCUCCCGAAGAACGGCAGCGGGGCGGCCAGCGACUUUUCCGAGGGCAACUCACUGAGUAUCGCCUCAAACUCGGACGAUGACGAAAAGUCCGACUCGAGCAUGCUCCCCCUGACGAUCAACGACGAUGGGGACAGCGAAAAGGAAACGAUGAGCGUGGACGACUACCCGGACAAGCCGGGCCUGAAGAAGGACGAUGUGGAGCAGGGCAUGGUGCUGAACGAGAAGACUGACACGACCAGCAGCACCGGGAGCAUGAGCUGCGGUGGCAGCAGCAGCGGUACGAACAACAGUACGAUCCACACCGCGCCAUCCUUUAAGGCCGCAGGGUCGCACCAGAAAGCGGGCGAGUCGCUCGAAAAGUUCCCCAUGAUUCAGUCCCCGUACGCGGCCAAUCCCGCAACUGUGCCGAACCGUGCAGCAUCCGUCCACCAAGCACACCAAGCACCGCAGCCACCACCUACGGCCACGGUCACGAUCGAUGACGAUUCGCCUCCGAUGCGCGACAAGAUGGUUUUUAAGCCGAAUUUGGUCGAACGCAAGCCGAAGGCGUCGCAGUCGGCGUUGAAAAACUAUCGCCACAAGGCGGGUAAAGCCCAGGAGCCCAUGGUUACCACGGUGACAACGGCCGCGGCUGCUUCGAUGGCCGGUGACGGUACCAAGCCCAGCGGCAGUGUAGCGGCUGGGACGGGCGGGAUAACUGAAUUCCCGCCAUCCGCGUCCGGUAGUGUGAGUGAGAUCGGUGCAGGUAACGGCGGUGUCAGUGGGCCAGCGCCCGGUUACAAUAGCUUGAACAGUAUUCCACCGACCGCGAACAAACCGCCAACGGGCCAACAAUCGUUGCUGAUGAACGUGAACGACGGAACGGGUGUGAAGAAAGCGACACCAGCAGCAGGCGGAUUGAACCCACAGGCUAUGGACGCGUACCCGCCAACGGAUACCGCCAGCAGCGGAGGGUAUCAUCUUCCGCAGUCCCCGCAUGCAGCAACGUCCCGGCCGUCAAGUAAGGCGUCCGGUGAAGGGUUACCACCGGGAACUCAACCGACGUACUCUGCCGCUUACGGCGGUCACCAUGGUCCACCGAUGGGGGCUGGUGGCGCUAAAAACCACAUGCACCAACAGCAGCAGCCGCAGCAACACCCGAUUCGCUCAUCGUCGUCGGUCACGCCACCUUCGCCUUACGGUGGCCACAAGAAUCUACAGCACCACUCGUGGAUGCCGUACGGUGGCGGCGCCGCAGGCUCUUCUACGAGCAGCAGCUCCACGGGAGGCGCCAGCAGCUAUGGUCAUCCUGCUCAGCACCAACCGCAGCAGCAUCCGCAGUACCAUCAACCAACCGGGGCGACCGGGCCGGUACCGCCACCACCGGCACCGUACGAAUCGAGUUUGAACUUCCUGGAGAAAACGACCUCGGCCUUGAUCAACAAUCAAAACCAGAGCGAGUUCCAGGCGUCCCUCAGCAGCAUCACCCGCUCGCCAACGCCCACCGAUGGGUACGUUGAUUACGCACCGAAACCGGUGGCCACCACUGGGGCGGGUGCGGGAAAGAAGGGCGGCAGUGGUGGUGGCAAAAGCAAAACCCCGAAACAACCGAAAAAUGAUUGCGGGGCAGCCAAGAAGGCGCUCAACAAACGCAACAAUCCGUCACCGUACACACACAUUUCCUCGUCAUCGGCCUCCUCGUCACCGUCCGCUUCGCCUGCGGUCAUGAAUCUUCCACCCGGUGCCGGUUCCGGUGUUCCGCCGGUCGCCGUCGCCUACCAGGGCUACCAGCCGAUGCCACCAACGACUGCCGCAGCAGCAGCACCGGCUACGAUUCCUGCGCCAGCGAACGUAACCACGGCGACGGUUGGCGGAGGUUACUACGAUCACUAUGCACCAACCGGGGCUGCUGGUGUUGGUAGCGGCGGCCAUCAACAGCAAGCGGCCGCGGGCUACGGUUCGACCGUGUUUCCGGGUACGGCAAACGCGCUCGCACCGCAACCACCGCCGCCGCCGUCAUCGGCACCGGUCUCGAGUGGGGCCGGGUACGCAGGGACAGGCGUAGGUAAUGUGCCCGGUUCUUCGUACGCGGGGCCGUCGUACACAUCGAGCGGUAACAGUGCAACGGCAACGGCGACGGUGCGCUCCAACUACUACCACCACCAACCACCGGGAGCUGGAAACCCCAUCGACUCGAAUGGUGCUGCAGCUACCCCAACUUCCCAGGCGAACUACGCCGCACCGGUCUCGCAGUCGCACCACGGUUCAUCACCGCCCGAUGCCAACAUGCCCCACUACUCGCAACCCCAAGCGACACCGGCCACGGUACCGGUUUCAUCGUCGCCGACCCCAUCGCGAGGAUCCCGAGGAUCUUCGUCCUCGUCCCAUCAGCAGCAGCAGCAGCCUCAUCAUCUGCAGCAACAACACCAUCAUAUGCAUCACUCGCAGCAGCAUGUGCAACAGCAUUCGCAUCAUCCACAUCAGCAUCAGCAGCAUCAGCAACAGCAACAAGCGGCUCCGAUCGUGCAACCCGAUUACCCGGCCUACCAGAUGCCUUCGGCACCGAUGCCGCCGCAGCAACAGCAGCAGGGAAGCUUCAUUCCGUACCCGACAUCCCCGCCGGCGUCGACGGGCACUUCCUAUGAGACCGGCACGGUGGCUCCCGGAGGUCAAAACGCCACAGCCACCACCACUACUGCAAACACGAACGGAUCCGCCUUUCACAGGCCCGAAAGUGGUGGUCCUACCACGACGACUUCAUCGACGGCGGUAACAGCAACGGCAGCAGCACCACCGGUGGCCGUCGCGCCGCCCGUCUCAAGCUACGACACACCGCCAACGUACAUCCCGGAUGCCAAUGCUCCAACCUACCAUCACGCCCAGUACCACCAUCAUGGCGCGUACCAGUCGGGGCCGACCGCUCCUCCCCAGUACCACCAUCCCCAGUCGCAGGGCUACUAUCCGCCACCGCCGCCGCCACCGUCGUCGGCCUACUCAUACUACGCGGCACCCGGACCGUACGGGGCCGCGCAACCGGACCCGGUACCACAGUACCACCCGUAUCCUGCGCCACCGGCACCACCUUCCGCGAACCCGCCGGGUGGUGCCGGUGCCCCCGGUACCGGCGCAGCAACGACUGCAAGUGGCUACAACUAUCCACCGUACCCGAGCCAACCUGGCGUUGGCCAGUGGCAAUAA